CAACUCAUACCGCGGGUAGAAGAUCUUUCGCCAGAGUCGCAAUGGAUAUAGCUCAAAAAGAAGGUGUAGAACCGUCGGUUCUACGAGUUCUUCAGGACACACACCGUCGAUCGGACGGUACAUAUGUGAAUGAGCGGGUCCAGGAGAUCGAGGAGUUGGUGCAGUCCAAGAUCGACGAUAAAGUCUCCCAGAUGGACGAGAGUUCUGCUUCUACACAACUCUCGACAACCGAAGUUAACAGCCUAUAUCUAGAGGUUGUCCAUCCGGAUGCCAAGGGCCGUAUCUAUGGUAUCGGCACCUUGGCAUCUCAACUGGGCGGGGGAGAAACUUCUGCUCCGGCGAUUACUCACCAUGUCGCGCUAACGCGUCAAGUGGAAGAGUUGAAACGCUCCCAAGAGCGGACGAAUGCAGAACUGGCAGAGGCCCGGGCGAAGAUCGAAGAGUUCGAGCAACAUCGGGAGAAGCUACAGAAGCUCUCCGAGACCGAAGCGAGGAUCGUACGCUUCGAGGAGAUGAUGCAGCGCCUCACACCGUUCAUGCCGCCUAUAUUCGACCAGUAUGGCUUUCCGACGACAUCUCGGCAGCCAGAUGCUCCUGAGGACGAUCCAGAGGACGCACCCACCAAUCUCGACAACGAUGCACCGGUAGAUCCGUAG